AGCAGGGAGAGCCCAAAGAAGGUUCACUUAGGCUGUUGUAUUGAUGGAAUAAUGUGUUUGCUUCCUAGUCAAAUGGCAUACAAUGGAAAGGUAUGCAUGAGACUCCUUGUACCCAUAACUUUGUUUCUUGAUAAAUGAGUCUUGGAAAAACCACAUACUAUUCAUGUGUUAAUCACACGAUCGAUGUGCCAGACUCAUGCUUUGAUGCUCACUGGGUCGCUUUGUUCCUUUGUGGGUGUCUUGAAAGGGUUCUUAACCUGGCUAUGGCCUUUACCUCUAUUGAGGCCUGUACCAAACUAUUGCUAGUUUGGUUAACCGGUCAAGUGCAUCGGUCACAGAAGCCCAAUACUGGAUGUAAUUCUGACCUCACUUUGAAACAUGCCAUUUACAGUGACCCACGUUCACUGUUAGUAUAGGGUGUAUACACGAUAUGAACUGAAACAGGGCUGCACCUGCUUACCCUAAUGUAUUUAUUUAUCUCUCUGUAUAGCUGCUUUAUUAUGAAGUGUUGAGUCUACUUUAAAAGGUACUUACAGGCAGAUGAUUUUACCCUGUAAAUCACUUUAUCAUAAAGAUGGAUGUGCUUAAUGCAGAAGUGGAGUUUGUGCCUUCUUUUCUUGCUUACUCCUAUUAACAGGAAUGUGUAUGCAAAUGCAUAUCUCCCAGCAGCUACAAUAAAUUGCUCUUGGGCACCUUUCAUCUUGAUUUAGAAGUUCAAAAGAAAUGUGUAUAUAUAUAUAUAUAUAUAUAUAUAUAUAUAUUCCCCCCUCCUCCAAAAGUUGUGGCAAGGGGCAAGGGAAGUUGACCAUUUGGGUUAAGGUUUUAACGCCAUGUUAGCAGUUUUUGAAGGUGCUAUGGCUUUGAUGAGAUAGGGCUGUCUUCCCUCCACUCCCUUGUAUGUGGGCUGCUGUGUUCAAUAAGCCAGAAAAAUGUAAAUAAGACAGAUAAGAUUAAGACAUAAAAUAUAGACUGAUGAUUAAAUACAUUAUGACCCUCUAUGAGAAACAGCCUCAACAGAAGCCCUGGGUAAAGCUCCAGCUGAGAUGUAUUGUCUCUAAUUACAGUGAUCAGUCCCAAACAAUCAGCUGGUUUCCCUCUAUACCCCAGGCCUGAAGGAGGCUUCUGCUGUUGGGGGAAGGCUGCUGAGAUGUUUCUCUGCAAACCUACUAUUCUUCAGCUGUGUGGAUGUUGGCCCUAUGCAGCUAUUUUGGGUGUUUCUCUAAGCAGCAGUGUGGAAAGCAGGAAAGCUCAGCUGUUUAUGAAAGCCAAAUACCAAAAAAGAUGGCAAACAAUCUGGCUUUACAUUUUGCCAUACCACAAAUGGAGGGACAAAGACUGGAAAGAGGCACAGGGUCCAAACUCCAUCCAGAAGAAUCAAAAUGCAAAAGAAUGAGGUUCCCAGUGAUUCUUGGGACACUGUCAAGAGGUGCAUCUGAGUUAAACAGGAAAACUAAAUGGCUCCCUAUUAGUAGACUAUUCCGGGUUUUGCUUUAAAAUUGAGCAGGAAUAUCAGCAGUGUAGUAAACUGCUGUUUACACUUUUCAGAUGUGUGAGCUCAGUCAGACAAUAGCAAGCCUAUGCUGCAGAGCCUGGUGUGGUGGUAGAAAUGUCAAUCCAAAUAACUGAGACCUAAUAACGUUGUCAUAACGCAGCUGGUAUUGUUUGGGAGGAUAAUCUCUUCAGACUUACGUACUAUAGGACAAAAAAGCCCAAUGCAAUUUGAAGGGCCACUAUCUAUCAAGCUUUUUGCUUUUACAGUACUUGGAACUACACAACAACAGUCUGGGAAGGAAGCCAUUUUGUGUCAAAAAACCCAAGCUGCAGCACUGUGGUAGAGAGAAUGCAGAUGCAACGUUGCAAAGAGCCGUACUCUGCUACAGUAUUAUUUAUCUGAUAUUAUCACUGUGGAGAGCAGUUCUGUGGAGAUAAGGAAGCCACUCAAUAAGAUGCAACAAGACCACUAGUCUUACAUACCAUGGAGAACCUCAGUGUUACUCAUAGUACCUUACUGAACUCAGCAACUCAGAGACUGAGCACAGCCAGCAUCCAUCUCUGAGGGCCAACUCUGAAUGUACCUCUGCAAAAAGUACAUUGCUGAGAGUAAAGAGGGGAUCUCAAUGGCCCAAAAAGCCAUUUUGUUUUUGAGGAGCUCACCAAUAUCUUAUGGCAACUAUCAGCAAUUUUUACAUAGCAUGCAUUUGAUACUCUGCUUAGAAAUAACUUUCUGGUGCUGAGAGCUGGAGGUUAACUUGUUGUGCUGUGUGUGCUCUCCUCUGCAACCAGCUCCUGUGUCUGGCCAGAAAGCCCUGCAGGCUUCUGUUUAGUAUCAUGCAUUUAGACUCCUAGAAAAAAAACAAAUGGCUUGAAUGAUAUAAUAAUGAAGGUUUUUCUGUAUUAUAUUCCUCUGGGAGACAAAAGGUGGAAGAAUUAGUUAAUAUUUUAGACUACAGGAGUUAAAUUAAGAGAUGUGUAUGGAGUGUGGAAGUUCAGAGUUGCUGCUGCUUAAUGGACUGCAGUCACAUAUCACAGCAUGUGUACGUGUAAUUGUGUCCCAAACGGGAGACUAAAUCCUUAAAGAUUCCCGCGUUAUGCAUUAGUUCUCUAAACAAGAGACAGAAAUAAGACACAGUAUUACUAAAGUACAUGAUUCAUUCUGAUAUACUACUUAAAACAUGCCAAGGACAUGAGUUACAGCUCAGCCAAAACCUCCCUGUCUGAAAUAAACAUUGAUCUGAUGGAGCCCUGCAUUGAUUUUUAAAACAUAACAGCAGGGGGCAAGGAGGGCCAAGGAUUUUCACUGCAAACUAGCUGCUUCCAUGAUAAGAACAAGGUAUAUUUUCAGUGCUUACUCUUCUUUUUCUAAAAUUGUCCCCAGAAGCUGUAUUUGCAAUGGCAAAGCUCUGAAGAAUUCUAAGGGAUUUAAGGCUUUUCUUUCAGAAUAAUUCCUUUUUCAGUAAAUAGUCUGGAAAAACACAUCCUGCCUUGCACAUGGUGCACAAGAUUGCAGGAACGUAUUUUCAGGGUCAUGAGCUAAAUUAACAUCUGGCUCAAUUGAUAUUUCAGCUGUAUUACAUGCAUUUUGUCUGCAUGUAGCCCAUCACUUAUUUUACUUGCCCUCAGAUUAUGCAGUGGCACUUACCCUACAUGCAUAUAUUAUGCAGUCUAUGCCUAACAUCUGAAUGAACCUUGGAUUUUCAGUCAUCUGGCAUACUUUGAUGUCUACAUUUUAGUCUGUGUGAACAUCUGUUUCAGCUGGAUGGUUUCAGACAAGGUUAAACAGCUCUAGUAGUUUCUGAAGGGAGGUAAGAAGUAUAUUGUUGAGCCUGUGUUUGAAAACGGACACUGAGGUAAGGUUUGGCAUUGCCUGCUUCAAAGAAAAAGGCUAAAAUCUGGCAGUGCGCAGGGCUAUUGUGCCAGCCUGAUAUCUCUUGCCUUGCCCUUACAAUUCAUGCAGGUUGUAAGUCUUCCAAAAAGCAGCAGUUCACUUGUGUCCAGGAGAGACACUGCAGGUUUCACCCUGUAUUUCCUGGAGGUCCCAUGGUGCAAUGCCCAUCUGCCUGUGGAGGAUCUGGAUCACCAGAAGAAGGCUGGAGCCCCAUGAAAAAUGGUGCAUGAUCCUAUAAGGAUUCUAGUGUGGACAGCGAGGUUGCAAAUGAAAACUCUCAUUUUUAUUGCAAUAUGUAUGGCUGUGGGUGUUGCACAAGUACCCAAACAAGCAAUAGAUGUUCUUCAUCAACUAGGCCUUGUGAAAGAUGUUCAACAGCCCUCAGAGACGGCAGUGCCCUCAACAUCAUCUCUGUUACCUCAGGGUGUUCGUCUAACUGUAUCAGGAGUUGUACUAACUAGUGAUGCACAUAUUGAGUCCCCCAUCAUUCAAGUCCUACCAUCAAGUCUAGGGCAUCAGUUCACCAUAUUGGUUGGGUUAUACUCAUACAAAAUAAAUAAUGCUUUCCUUUUCAGUAUUAGGAACAAAAGUAGGCUGCAGUUUGGUGUCCAGCUGCUACCAAGAAAGGUAGCAGUGUUCACUGGUGGGAAGCAGUCCGUACACUUUGAUUAUAGUGUUCAUAAUGAAAAAUGGCAUUCAUUUGCCAUUGACAUUAGAGACAAGACUGUCUCGAUAUUUGCUGAGUGUGGAAAGAAGCACUAUAGCAGGGAAGUACUUUCUGAAGUGGAGACAUUUGAUUUGGAUGCUUUAUUUACCCUGGGAAGGAUGAACUCUCACUCUGUCAGCUUUGAAGGAGUUAUAUGUCAGCUAGAUAUUAUUGCCUCUGCAGAAGCAUCUGCAAACUAUUGUAAAUAUGUGAAGCAGCAAUGUCGCCAAGCUGAAACCUGUCGAUCUCUGCCAGGAAUUCUGCAUGCAUCAGAUGGGCUGGAUGUUUUUUUGAAGAUGAUGGCUGAUGAGGAAAAGCAGUCAGAAGGCAUAUCGGCUUAUAGAAGGAAAGAAGCGCCAAACAUUCCUGUUACCAGUGUUGCUCAGAGUCAUUCUCUACCAGAAGACUUUGAGUCAAGAAAUGUCUCUGCAUUGGAGUUUGAAGAGGCCGAACCUCUGCUGCUGGAAGCUUUGCCUGAAACAGAGCUCCAGGAGUACAUCAGUCUGCCUCUUCAUCAGCAGGAGACUGGCACAAAGAGAAACAUCACUAAACCCCCCAAAGGAUCAUAUCCAGAUACUUCAGAUAAUACCACAGAAGAUGCAGGCAGACAAUGUGAGCCUUCUCUGAUUUCCCCUGUAAAACAGAGUAAAACUAAAAGCAGUGGAAUGGACAAAGCAAAACCUUUAGAUGAACCAAGCAGAGAGCAGCAAAUCUUCAAUGCAAGCCUGUGCCGUUUGCCUGUGGACCUCCCUUUGGAUAAUCAGCUCAGUCCAGGGCAGGAAGGUGCCUUUGGUGCUGAUGAGACUUACCACAUGGAAAACAAUCAUGAAAUUGAUGUUGAUAAUUAUGAUUAUGACUAUGAAGAUCUUGAGCAAAUGUUUGAAGUGGGAAGUGUCAGAGGUCCAAAGGGGGAAACUGGACCUCCUGGUCCUCCAGGUCCUCCAGGUUUACCUGGGCCAUCAGGAAGGAGAGGUCCUCGGGGUAUUCCAGGACCACAUGGUAAUCCAGGUUUGCCAGGAUUGCCAGGUCCAAAGGGCCCUAAAGGAGACCCAGGAUUCUCUCCAGGACAGGUGAAACGUGGAGAAAAGGGUGAUCCAGGCCCCAUAGGCUUUCCAGGCCCACCUGGGAUCAAAGGCCAAAAGGGUCUUAAGGGUUAUGUGGGACUGCAAGGGCCACGGGGUGAGCAGGGAAUUCCAGGAAUGGCUGGCAACACUGGGGUCAUUGGUUACCCUGGCAGGCAGGGCUUAGCUGGACCAGAAGGUAACCCAGGUCCUAAGGGUGUAAGAGGCUUCAUAGGACCUCCAGGUGUGGCAGGACAACCAGGACCUGAAGGAGAAAGGGGCAUCCCAGGCUUUCGUGGGAAAAGAGGUCCUAAAGGGAGACAGGGUUUUCCAGGUGACUUUGGAAAUAGAGGCCCCCCUGGUCUCGAUGGGAAUCCUGGAAUUGUUGGUGGUGUUGGUCCUCCUGGAUUUCCAGGACUAAGAGGAGGCAUUGGGCCAGCAGGACCAAGUGGACCAUCAGGAAUUCCAGGGCCCAUGGGUCUCCCAGGGAGUGUGGGACAGCCUGGAAUGAAAGGUGAUAAGGGUGAACAUGGCCUUUCAGGAGAGCCAGGAGACCAGGGGUACCCAGGAGACAAGGGUGCUCUUGGUUUACCAGGACCCCCAGGGAUCAGAGGAAAGGCAGGACCCCCAGGGAAAAUUGGAGAUCCUGGAUCCCAGGGGCCAUUGGGUCCUCCAGGACCUGAGGGUUUUCCAGGAGAUAUUGGUGUACCUGGAUUAAAUGGCCCUGAAGGUCCUAAGGGGCUUCUGGGUGACCAAGGGCCUCCAGGGCCACAAGGCCCCAAAGGACUUGAGGGAGAAGUAGGACCAGCUGGACCUAUUGGAGGAGUUGGCCCAAGAGGAAAGCCAGGACAGAAAGGUUAUGUAGGUGAUCCUGGACCAGAAGGCUUGAAGGGAGAACAAGGAGAUCAAGGAAAGCUUGGGAAAACUGGUGAAGCAGGAUCAGCUGGCUUACCUGGAGAAACUGGGCCAUCUGGAAGCCUUGGUGAAAAGGGAGAGCGAGGAAUCCCAGGACCAGUAGGUCCUCCUGGAGAGAAAGGUAUCAUGGGCUACCCAGGACCUCCAGGCGGCCCUGGAUCUGUGGGGCCAGAAGGAUUACCUGGACCUUCUGGGGCAAGAGGACCACCAGGGCCGCAGGGACCUAAGGGAAGAAGAGGGCCAAGAGGUCUAGAUGGUCCUCCAGGAGAACCAGGAGCACGGGGCAUUAAGGGAGAAAGAGGCAAUCCAGGGAAGAAAGGAGUUCCUGGGUAUAUUGGUAAAGCUGGAAAUCCAGGAGAAAGAGGAGAUCAGGGAGCAGUGGGUUUGCUUGGGCCUCCUGGAACCACAGGAGACAGGGGACCAAUGGGAGAGCCAGGUCUAAGAGGACAACCUGGAGAAGCUGGCCCUAUUGGAGAAAUGGGUUUUGAGGGACCUCCUGGCCCUGAAGGAGAACCUGGCCUGCAGGGAGAACCAGGUGCAAAGGGAGACGUAGGACCUGCUGGAAAAGUUGGAGAACCAGGUGACCAAGGUUUAAGGGGUGAACCAGGACCCCCAGGAGAAGACGGCGUUCAAGGAAAGGAUGGCUCAAAGGGAGACUCAGGAGACCAGGGACUUCUUGGAGAAGGUGGUGAAAAAGGAGAGAUGGGGUUACCAGGAAUUGCUGGACCCCUUGGUGAGCCUGGCAUAAUGGGCAUUCCUGGCCCUGAAGGGACACCAGGAAAUCCAGGUCAGAGGGGCCGUUUAGGAAAGAAGGGGGAAAAGGGACAGCUUGGCCCUCCUGGAGAAAUUGGACCUGCUGGUGACACUGGCCAGCCUGGAGAAAUUGGUCCCAAAGGUGCAAGAGGAACUCGAGGCCCCUUGGGACACCUAGGAGGAAUGGGACCUGAAGGAGAGCCAGGAAUUCCAGGUUAUGGGGGACACCAAGGUGCUCCAGGGCCUCCAGGGCCUCCAGGACCUAAAGGAGAAAAGGGUUACCCAGGUGAAGACAACACAGUCCUUGGACCGCCUGGGCCCAUAGGUGAACCAGGCCCUAGUGGUGAACGUGGAGACAGAGGAGAACCUGGUGAUGAGGGUUACAAGGGUCCUGUAGGUCUUCCAGGGCUUAGAGGACCUAUUGGACAGCAGGGGCCUCCAGGAGAGCCAGGUGACUUGGGAGAGCAAGGACCAAAAGGAGAAAGAGGUUCAGAAGGACCCACAGGGAAGAAAGGAGCAAUGGGUCAAGCAGGCAAACCUGGAAUUCCUGGAAAACUAGGGCCAGCAGGGAAAAAAGGAGCAGUCGGGUAUCCUGGACCAGAAGGUGUUCCUGGGAACCCAGGCAAGCCUGGGCUGUCAGGGAUGCCUGGCCUGAAGGGUAAUAAAGGAAACUCAGGCUUGCCAGGUCUGGCAGGUUAUCCUGGAGCUCGAGGUCCCAAGGGAUUGCCAGGCAUGCCAGGGCCCAUGGGAGCACCUGGACUAAAGGGUGAGAAAGGGCUUCUGGGUCAUCCAGGAAAGCGAGGCAAAAGAGGCUUUCCAGGAUCACAAGGUGAUCAAGGACAAGCAGGAGAUGGUGGACUGAAAGGACCAGCUGGAGAAGAUGGAGAGCGAGGUUUAAUGGGGUUUCAAGGAUUCCCAGGUCCAAAAGGUCCUGCAGGGGACAUUGGCUUAGUUGGAAUUCUGGGCCCAAAAGGUCCAACAGGCCAAGUUGGAUAUAUUGGCCCUGUUGGUCAAGAAGGCGUAACAGGCCCAACCGGCAGGCCUGGACUGAGAGGUGAAAAGGGCACAAGGGGUGAAAUGGGGCCUCAGGGACCUCAGGGUCAGCCAGGGCCACCUGGACCACCUGGACCACCAGGACCCAGAAAACAAGUGGACAUCAAUGCUGCUGUUCAAGCUUUGAUUGAGUCAAAUGCUGCACUGCAGAUGGAGAAAUACCAGAAUACUGAAGUAACUUUACUAGAUCACAGCACAGAGAUAUUCAAAACGCUGCGCUACCUUAGCAAUUUACUACACAGCAUCAAGAACCCUCUUGGCACUCGGGAUAACCCAGCACGCAUCUGCAGGGACUUGCUUAAUUGUGAACAUAAAGUGUCAGAUGGAAAAUACUGGAUAGACCCAAAUAUUGGAUGUCCUUCUGAUGCUAUUGAAGUUUUCUGCAACUUCACUGCAGGUGGUCAGACAUGUUUAACGCCACUGUCUGUGACAAAGCUGGAGUUCGGCGUUGGAAAAGUGCAGAUGAACUUCCUUCAUUUACUGAGCUCAGAAGCAACCCAUAGCAUCACAGUUCAUUGUCUGAACACACCGAUGUGGGGAUUAAAUAAAGCAGGUGGCCAGAAAAUGUCUGUUAGCUUCAAAGGAUGGAAUGGUCAAAUAUUUAAAGCAAAUACACUGCUUGAACCGAAGGUGCUUUUGGAUGAAUGCAUGAUGGAAGAUGGCAGCUGGCAUAAGACACAGUUCUUUUUUCACACUCAGGACACUAAUCAGCUUCCAGUCAUUCAAGUUAAUGCACUUCCUCACCUCAAACCAGGACAGCAGCACUUCAUAGAAGGUGGUUCAGUGUGCUUCCUUUAAGGUUUCUGUCCUGGGGUUGGUGGGGUUUGUUGUGGUUUUUCUUUGCAUCAACAUGGAAUUGCUGCAUAGAUUAAAUGCAAAAGUAAUGAUCCAUUACAGGCAAAAUAAGUAGGAAAUUGAAGAAUCAUUUUAAAUUAUGUUGGUUAAAGAACCUCAGGAAGAAAAGGACUUCCUCCUAAGGAGAAAUGGCAUUUUAAAAGGAAAGAAAUAAAUAAAAGAACUACAGCUUUCAUAAAGUAUUUAAAAAUAUAUUGGUGCUUCCUUGCGUAAUUUUCUGGAACUGAGUACCUGAACAUGGACUUUUUCAGGACCUCUGGUGUUCUCAGCAAUCUCUUUAAGAGCACAGCAACAAAGCCACCCCGAGGAAAGGUGGAGACAUACAAUACUGAGGAGCAAUACUGGCUAAUGCUCCUAAAUGUGCAAUAGCUUAUGUAUGAAAAGUGAAUUAUGCCACAGUACAGUACAUCUUCUUUUCUGAAACAUUGCUUUAUUCUAGUCCUUGCUGGACACAUACAUCUUAACAGAUGACACACUACCUCUUUUGUGUUUCCUGUCCAUGUUGCCUUGGUGCUCUUCAUAACACAAGGUGCUUGUGGCCUUAGCAGAGAUUAUUUGAGUCCCUUUUUAUCUUUGACUGUAUGUGCUGGUUACAUCAGGAUAUGUUUCUGUUGUAAAGGUGCUUAUUUUGAAUUAUUGGUCAUGUACUUCAUUACAAUGAAAACGUUAUUUAUGUGGAUUUCUUGUUUUAAAUAUUUUUGUGUACUGUUGUGGAAAUGGUAUAUGAGACAGUGCAUUGUAUAGGAUGCAUAUAGUCAGAACAGUUAGCUUUACAGGCAUUGUAAAAAAAUAUUGUAGAAGAGCUACCUACAGUAGUUUUGAGGUUUAGAUUCUGUAUUUCAGUUAACAUUUUUAAUGCCAAAGGCAUCUCAAGAUAAUACAUUGUGUAUAUAUUUUGUAACUUGUGAAAAAAUCUACUACAACA